AUGUCUGUGAAGCCAGAGCUCUUGAAACAGAUCCGAGCGGCAGUGGAGCAUGACGCAGAGGGAGAUGAGAUUCCUGUGGAAACGACCACGGAGGACCUUGGAGACGGAGCCGCCAUGUCUGCAGCGUCUCUAUCCAGGAAAAAAGUUUGCCGCAAUGUAGAGAUUGGGCACCAUGAUGCCGCGAAAGAGUGGCACAAAGCAGAGGCGGCUCUGUCGACUGCUUUGCGAUCCAAAGUGGAAACGGAGGCUGAGGAUGCUGAAAUGGCUCUAUAUGUGCAGCGUGUGCAGAAGAGCGUCGACAAUCUGUUGCCUCAUUCGCCAUCGGGCGGUUUCGCGGGCAUGGAUUCACAGGAACGGAGUGGCCACAUCGCAGAGAAGGGAACAUCUGCCUUCUUGGAGCGCGCACGGCUGAUGCGAUGCCGUGCCAGUGACGCCGGCAAGAAGCUGAAGGACCACGCCAAGCGAAGACUGCGAAUAAAGAUUACAGACAUCUUCAAAGAGGUUGGCAGGAGACAGUCUUUGAGGCAGAGUCAGGAGAAAGUUCGGAAGUUCCGGGAAGACCUGCACCAGCGUGGAUUUGGUCCGAAUGCCUCCACCGGAGAUGCGGAUUUCUUUGCUCUUGGAAUCGGUGCAGCAACCGACAGCUAUGAAGACGAUGCAACUCCGCGGCGGCGAUGCCUUCUGGAAUCGCUUUCCUUGGAGGAGCUGGCAAUGGUGCGUGCGAAUCCUCGAUGGUACAUCGAGGCUUCUUUGCAAGAUGGCGAGGACGAGAACGUUCAUGCGAAUCGAGAAAGGCUCAUCGAUUUUUUCACACCUGCCCGGAAGGACAGACACGUGUCCAUCGAGUGCUAUUCCCAGCGCCUCUGGUCUCGGCUUGCCGCUGCCUCUGAAGCGAUACAGGAGAGCCAAGACAGCGUCCGGACAGAGAGCCGCAUCCGGUCACUCUUCGGGCCGAGGGGCCCCGGUGCAGGAUUGAGCGGUUCUCGGAUGACAUCUCAAGGAUUGAGUCCCCAGCCGAGCACGAUGCAGUCUGUGUCCGACUCGCAGAUGUUUUCUUCACUGUCAGCAGGAUCUUUGCCUAGACGGGAGCCUAUCAGAGCUGACCAACCUUCUCCAACUAUGGAGAAAGUCUGGGAACGACAUCGUCGAAAAGAGGCACGAGACGCCCAGAUGCUCGAGGAUCGACGUCUCGCAGCAGAAGAGCGUAUGGCCAAGAAUGCCUUCAAGGUGAGCCAGCAGUUCAGCGAGUACGAAUCUUCACAGUCCAAGUACAAGGAGCUGCACAAGCUUCGAAUGUCUGAUGCCUUGGAUCGCAAGGCUGCCCGAGAUGCAGAGAAUGAGGAGAGACUUGCGGUGAUGGAUGAGUUCAAGCUGCGUAAGAUCAGGCAUGCUUUGGACGUUGCGGAUGAGCAACUAGAGCGCAAAAGGGACAAGGUCUCGGAGGGUUUGGAGGCUUGGGAGUCAGCCGUGCGGCGUGCCCGGCGCUACCAGCGCCUGCAGGAGCGAAAGGCCUUGGCGAAGCUGCAAGAGAACCAAGAAGCUUACAAUGCAAGGCUUGCAAAGGUCGGUGAAACACGGAGCGAAAAGACGGAGUCUCAAGCUCAAAAGAAUGACAAGCUCAAAGCAAGGAUCCAAGUGUCGCUAAUGCAGCAGCUAGACGAGCAGAGGAAGCUUGAGUGCGAUCGCAUCUUGAUUGAUUCCGAGCAGAAGGUGGAAGCAGCCAGAUACCGGCGCUAUCACAGCCAAAGCGCGCCGACUGCUCCGUUUCAGGUGAAGUUCGACCACAAGUAUGCGUUUACGCCCUCUCGGCCCUUCAGCCAAGCUGAUGUGGUGACGGCAAAGGGCAGAGAUGAGACGAAUUACACAGGCUCUGUUGAAGGACAGAAUGAGCUGCUCCAGUUCCUGAAGGCCAUUCGUCCGGAGUGGUCCUUCCCGAAGAAGAAUGGAAAGAGCAACGUCCGGAGUGUGAUGGACAAGUUGAAGGCAGUUGGUGUGACGAGCGUAUGGGAGCUCUUUAGGGCGGUGAUGCGGAAUACCAUCAACGAGGACUUGGCCCAAGCUGGGUACUCCGUCUUGAGUAAGGAAACGCUUGACCGGAUUCGGAAGAGGAUGAGCUUCUUCCGGCAGCUGGAUGUGCUGACUGAAACGGACUGCCGCCAGACUGGUGCCUUCGCGCCGGUGCCCCAAUUGCUCUCACAGAAGAAGCUGGCCUACUGGAGUAAAGUGGCUCCUUCACAGAUUCACGAUGGCAAGAAGCUGGACGACAGGUCAUCGUCUCCAGAGGGCAGAGCACGCUCUUCUCAUCGUCGAUUCAGACCAGUGGCCGACCCAACCAACUCCAUGGGCCCAAGCAGCAUUCCUCUGUCGGGCUUCACCGCCUCCUUCUCUUCUCCCAGCCUGGAGUCGACCCAUGAGGGCUGGGCGGUGGAAGACCUGGAGAUGGAACGGCCAAAGCUGCGGGGGGUCAGGACGCCUCUACACGUGGGCCGAUCAGCACCGCAAAGCAGAGAGGGAGUCGGAGUGGAGAUUUUCAGGGGGAGAAGGGCAUCCACUGACGGCGACGUGGAAACUCAGGAGCCUGAGCGAUGGGCUUUGAAAUCCUCGCUUCGGCCAGCUGCCAAGACUUGGCAGGCGGGCGAUCCGAAGUUCGCUGAAGUUGAGAAGCCUCCCAAAAUUGGCUUGAUUCGCCAAGCCAGCCAGAUGUCCACUCCAGGAGAAGAUCAAUCGACAGCAUCCCUCCUGAUGCAGUCUCCCCCUGACAUGAGUCGUCUGAGACUGGGCAGUGGGCAAAGCGGAAACGGCAGCGGCAGUGUGAUGAUUGUGACCACUCCCGUCAACAGAACGAACAGUGUUUCCAUGGAUCGAUCCAGCAGCUGCCAGCACUCCCAGGAUGCUGACACUCUUCUAUCGGCUGUGGAGAGACUUCAUCAGGAGGCCGUGGCUAUGCAGGACUUCCGUCCACCCAGCUGGUCGGUACUACGCCGUCAUCCAGAUUCUCUCAUCGAGAACGGCCAGGCGAUGCUCGAGGAGCAAGAAGCCCUGAAUGAGAGGUCCAAGCUGUACAAGCUGAUGCAACAAGAAGGCCUUUACUCACCGAUGCGUCAUCAUGUUGCUGAAAACGUUCGCUCCCGACUGAAGGAGGAGAGUGACAAGGUGGCUGCAGAGGGUCUGGAGAUGCAGCACAAAUGUACAAACAUCCGGAAAAACCUUGGUCAGAUGAUGAAUGCGAGGAGAGACCUUGCUUCUCUGCGGCGUGCCAUCGUUGGCAGAAACAUCGAUCCAGAUGAGCAGCUGAAAUCCGGCUUGCUGUUGAUGGGUUGA